GUUUCAGUCUUUGUUCUGCCCGGUUUUGUAAUGAUCGUCCGGUUUCGGAGCCCCUCCGGCAAUGUCGAUGAGUGGUUACUUAUUGAACUGCAGGGGGAACUGCUAUCCAGAUCUGAUUGCUCAUUCGCUGGCAGUCUUGUGGGAGAUUUGCAUUUUUCUCCGCAGGGUGAACCGAUAUUUAUCAUCGGCCAUCAUGUUCUCUUUGGGAAACUUGUAAUGUUGGAAAAACCCUUUGUUGUGACCAGGAAAGACUCCAAGGAUUCCGCGGAAUACCGGGUGACAGCAUUGAUCCGACGGAAGCUCCUGUUCAAAACCCGUCCGAAACCAAUAAUCACCACUUCUGCAAAGAGGAGUUAACGCUACUGAGCAGCACCGAGACUUUAUCGCACAAACCCCUAUUCGUCUUUUAUUUGAGAUGACUUCCCUAUGCACCAGUGAAUGUACAUUUUCCUCAUUCGUAUUUGCACAGUUUGUACCUUAUUGAGGUUAGAAAAGCGGCUAAUUUUUUCUCUAUUGUCGUUCUCCAUGCGGUUGUCUCCAGAUCCAUACGAUUGUUUCUAUCACUAACCAUUUUAUUUGACUCUGUAUAAGUGCGCAUUGAAAUCCAUUUUCGUGCUAUUUCUUGAAUUUUGUCAGUGCUACGGUUUCAGGUUAUGAUGGUCAACCAGAAUCUGUUGAGCCGCACAGAUCUCUCAGUGGAAAAAUGCCUUAUACAUGUUUGCCUUUUGUUGGCCCACACAUUUAUUGUUUUUUCUCCCAGACUUUUUCUAAUUGAGUCACGUUUAUCAGUCACGAGCACCUUUACCAAUUUCCUGAGAUCCUUUAUUUGAACCCUCCGCGAAUUAGUCUUAUUCAUUUUCCUAUUCGCAGCCAGUGUAUAACAUUAUUUAUGUCUUUGC